AAAAAUAUGACACAUAAAGUAUUUGUCAAAAGGUUCUGUGGUCAAAAGAUUGUGAUUUAAAACUUUUAAAAUGAGCAUUUUUUUACGGCGUCGCCCAUUUAUCAGCUGUACAACAAAUAAUUUGCUAAAACGUUGGCCAUUAGACCAAGGUGUUGCUAAAGCCAACGCUUCAAAAGCAAAAGCUGAGCCUGAGGCACAAAAGCCAAAAAAAUUGAAAACUUUUAGAAUCUAUCGCUAUAAUCCAGAGAGUAAGCUGCACGGCAAGAAGCCUUACAUGCAAGAAUACACUUUUGACGCAAAUGAAUGUGGUCCAAUGAUACUGCAUGCCUUAGAAAAAAUCAAAACCGAACAAGAUAGCAGUCUCACGUACCGAAAAUCUUGCAGAGAAGGCAUUUGCGGCUCUUGCGGAAUGAACGUAAAUGGCCAAAACAAGUUAGCUUGCACAGCGACAAUCCCCUCGUCUUUCAAAACCGUAAUCUACCCGUUACCUCACAUGUACGUGAUCAAAGACCUAAUAGUGGAUUUCACACAUUUCCUGGAACAACACAAACGCAUACACCCGUAUUUGGUGCGCCAUGGCGAUAACUUUGAAGAAGGCCAAGAAUAUUACCUGCAAAGUAUAAAAGAUCGCGAAAAAUUGGACGGUUUUAUUGAAUGUAUCUUAUGCGCUUGUUGCUCCACUUCCUGUCCAGAAUACUGGUGGCACGGACACAAAAAAGAUCCUCAGGACUUUUUAGGACCCGCUGCACUUUUGAACAUGUACAGAUGGCUCAUAGACUCAAGAGAUCAAGGAACAGGCAAAAGAUUGGAUCAGUUGAGGAAUUAUUUUUCACUUUUCAGAUGCACGCAGAUCAAUAAUUGUACAAAAUGUUGUCCAAAGCGCUUGAAGCCAGGACAGGCUAUUGCAAGACUACGAAUGUUUGUAGCUGGUUGGAGAAGUAAAGGCAAACCUGAAAUGGAUGGUAUCAUAAAAGCGGACCCUAUGAAAGCUGCCAGAAAAGACCAAAAGUGUUGAUUUCUCCAUGUAUAAAGGCAUUAUUUAGUUAGCUUCAAUGUAUAAUCAAAAAAAUGUACAUUAAAUAAAUUUAUUAUGAGUUUUCUACAGCCUCAAUUGAAUGGGAAUGAUGUUCCACAGGUUCCCGAAAAGUUGACUCCAAAUCGAGAUAUUUGUUGAAUUCGCACCAAUCGAUUAGUUUUCCAGCUUCGGGUUGUUGCUCUGAGCUCCACCAUAACUCAUUCCUUUUUGGUUAAUUUGCCCGUUUUUGAAUCGUCGGUGUGUAUAAAAUAUUCACGAAGCCUAUCCAAGUCGUCCCAUAGAAAGCGUUUUAAUUCAGUUAAAGCAAUAGCCCU